AUGCAACACUUCUGCCAUAAACACUGCCUGUCUGAGGAGAGUUCACAGCAAGGUUUUCAUUCUCUACCUUCAGCCGCAUCCACCAAACUGGUGUGCCACAUGACCAACUGGGCCCAGUACCGCCCCAGCAGUGGGAAAUUCACCCCUGAGAACAUUGACCCCUUCCUCUGCACCCAUGUGAUCUACAGCCUGGCCACCAUCAACAGCUUCAACCAGGUCGCCCCCAUCGAGUGGAAUGACGAAACAUUAUACAACAGCCUCAACAACCUGAAGAACGUGAACCCAAUGAUGAAGACUCUGCUGUCUGUCGGAGGCACAGUCAAAGGACUCAGCCCAUUCAUUGGCAUGGUGUCCAAACCUGAGAGCCGCCAGGUCUUCAUCAAGUCAGCCAUCAACUACCUGCGUUCCCACAGCUUUGACGGUCUCAACCUGGCCUGGGAGUACCCCACUCAGAACGGCAGCCCCAACGGAGACAGGAAGAGGUUCACCGAGCUCGUCAGGGAGCUGCAGAAGGCCUUUAUGGACGACGCCAGAGACACCAAGCUAACCCAGCUGCUGCUGUCUGCCAGCGUGGCUGCUCUACGGCCCACCAUCAACUCCAGCUACGAGGUGGCCCAGAUCGCCAGCUCUCUGGACUUCAUCAACGUGAUGACCUAUGACUUUCACGGACACUGGGAGAGAGCAACCGGGCACAACAGCCCCCUGUACCGCAGCAGUCACGACUCAGUGACACACUACGACUUCAACGUCGACUCUGCCAUCACCUACUGGCUGGACAACGGUGCCCCUGCUGAGAAGCUGCUGAUGGGUUUCUCCACCUAUGGCCGUACCUACCAUCUCACCACCACCAACACUGGCCUGGGAGCCCCCGCCAACGGCCCCGCUGACGCCGGCCCAUUCACCCGCGAAGCAGGAUACUGGUCCUACUACGAGGUCUGCUCCUUCACCUCCAGCGCCACUGUUGAGUGGAUUGAUGAGCAGAAGGUCCCCUAUGCUGUCCAGGGCAGCUCCUGGGUGGGCUAUGACAACAAGGAGAGCUACGCUGCCAAGGUCCAGUGGCUGAGGAACAAGAACCUGGGAGGAGCCUCCGUGUGGACGCUGGACAUGGAUGACUUCACUGGUGCUUUCUGUGCUGAUGGUUCCUUCCCUCUUGUCAAUCACCUCCGCACCUCUCUGGGCUUCGCCCCCAAGCCCACAACCACUCGGGCCCCCACCACCACCCCUGACCCCAUCCUCAGCUUCUGCUCCGGACGCCCAGAUGGCUUGUACGCCAACGUCAUCGACAACACCACCUAUUUCCAGUGUUUCCGUGGAAACACCUACCUGCACAGAUGCCAGUCCGGACUCGUCUAUAUUGAUGCCUGCAAGUGCUGUGACUGGCCCUGAAUGACUGCUAACUAUGUAGGACCAGUUAGAAUACUAUAACAACCUUCAAUGACAACUAGCUGUAACGGCAAUAACUUACCCUAGGAACUGAUCCUGAACUGCAACUGGCAAAAUUUUUGAAAAUAUACUUAUUUUUGUCAGGUUACUGUCUUUCUCAAAUAAAAAUAAUACCAUAC